CAACCAAGCAGGCUACAGUGUAAAAACAGUUUGUCACCUCAGACGUCGUUCUUUCUGUAUGUGUAAAGUUCACAGCCUGCUUUUCUUUAAUAAACAUGGACUCUGCCUUUGAGGACCUGGACGCAGCUGGUUUCCUGGAGAUAUGGCAACACUUUGAUGCAGAUGAUAAUGGCUACAUUGAGGGCAAAGAGCUUGAUGACUUUUUCCGUCACAUGAUGAAAAGACUGCGUCCACAGGACAAAGUCACUGAAGAAGAUGUCCAGAAUUUGAAGAAAAGGUUUAUGUCUGCCUAUGAUGUCACUGCUGACGGGAAACUACAGAUUCAGGAGCUGGCCCAUAUGAUCCUGCCUGAGGAUGAAAACUUCCUUUUAGUUUUCCGCAGAGAAAAUCCUCUGGACAACACUGUUGAAUUCAUGACGAUAUGGAGGAAGUAUGAUGUUGACUGCAGUGGCUACAUAUCGGCUCAGGAGCUGAAGGCUUUCCUGAAAGACUUGUUCGAGCUGCACCACAAGGAAGUGACACCGGACAAGCUGGAGGACUACACUGAUGCAAUGAUGAAAAUCUUUGACAAAAACAAGGACGGACGUUUGGAUCUGAACGAUCUGGCGAGGAUCUUAGCUUUAGAAGAAAAUUUCCUUCUCCAGUUCCGAAUGGAUGCCUGCAGUAAAGACGAGAGAAAGAGAGACUUUGAGAAGAUCUUUAACCACUACGAUGUUAGUAAGACAGGAGCACUUGAGGGUCCUGAGGUUGAUGGCUUUGUCAAGGAUAUGAUGGGGCUGGUCAGGCCUAAUAUCACGGGUCCUGAGCUGGACAAGCUGCGAGCCGUUCUGCUGCGUCACUGUGAUGUCAACAAGGAUGGAAAAAUCCAAAGGAACGAGUUAGCUCUGUGUCUGGGAGUCAAGCUGAAACAUUAGAGAUCUGUACUGUACUACUGGAUUAUGAAACAAUGACGCUACGUGUGCUGUUUAAUCGAUAAUAAAGGAUAGCUAGUGGAAUGCUGUGUUAUGCUCUAAGUCAAGUUGCUAAGUUAUUAAAGGUCAGUAUUCAUGGUGUAUUGGAUCCUGAUAUGCUAGCCAUAAUAAGAUGCUCUGUGGCGAAAUAAAAUGACCUCUGAUCUGAAAUUACAGGUUAUUUGUGCAUGAAAACAAUGAGGUUUGAAUGUUAUGUUGAAAUGAACUUCAGUGCCAUACGAUUUGUGGUAUAUCAGUGUGCUGUUUCAUGUGAAAAUAAAUCCUUUUUAUUCUGAUGUAAUGUUUUCUUGGAGUACCUUAUGCACUUGCAUGUUUCUCUGCUUACAGAGAAGGCUUACUCACAGGAUGUUGAGAGUAUUUUUACUGUAAUGGUCUGCAGAGGAAAUAAAC